UACAGUUUGAACGGCUUGGCUUAGACCCGGGUGGGGGAGCACUGUUUGAAGGUUGCUUGGAAACCCAAGCAAUGCUCGUGUCAAUCAAGUCAAGCUGGAAAGGAGUCUACGAACUUUGUUUCAUACCAUUCAGAAAGUAAGUCWUGAAUUUAUGGUUAAAUUUAAACAAUGAGAAGAAACAAUUUAUGCUGCUUAUGUUUUAAAAAUAUGGGCUACCUGGCUGUGUAGUGUAAAUGUGAAAUGUAAAGCUAUCGAGAAAUGUUAUAUGUCACAUUAUAGUCUUAUUUGCGCAUUAUGCACACUGUUCAAUCAAAUGUACAUAUGAAUUGACUUUUCAUUAGAGUGCAUGAAUUCUAAUGGAACCACCAUCAAAUCAACUCAGCUGGAUGCUUUAUCAGAUGUGGUUUUUUUAACAUUCUUGAAACAUUGGAAUUUGUAAUGCUGUUUCCAAAUUGUAAGCCUACAGGACACCUUUCCUACUCGGUCAGUGGAAGGAAUUCCACAAUCACUGUAAACUACAAAGUGUAGGUUUGAAUGUGAGCUGGCCWUAAUGCCACCAGAAUGUAUUGGCUUCUUUGUGAAAGGAAGCUCAGUAGCCUUAAGGCCCCCAGUCAAAGACUCUGGGUUUCCAGAGCAACCCAUGACCAACGACAACCCCCACUCACCACCACCAACAUCACUUUGCUGUUAGGCAUUCGAGAAUGUUGUGUCUGUAUUUCUGAGUGUGUUUUACAGGAAAUGGCCGAUGGCAGUUUUGAAGGGGCGGAAAGAGAUGCUGCAGAAGACACAGACGAGCUUCUUUACACUGACCUGGAUGAAGACAGCAAUGCCCCUCUGCCACAGGAUCACUGUGACCUCCUCCUAGAUGCCAURGAUGCCCAGCUGAGCCGCCUGCAGGUGCAGAGCCAUAGCAAUGGGAUUGAAGGUAUCUUCAGAAAACAUGAUUGCCUCAAGACAGCUCACCUUAGCAGUAGCCAGUCUGUGAGCAGGGAUACAGGACUGGGAAGUACCAUCCCCACUAACGACACCCCCAUCUCUUGUCUUGGCGUGGUACGCUCUGAGACCAGGGACCUAUCUUCAGWGAAGAGCUCAGGAGAACGGGUGAACCCUGCCGAUCAGGAGGAAGAGGAGCAGAGGACAGUUGAAGUGAUGAAAGAGGAAGAGGAGGGUGUAGAGUCCCGGAGGGAGCAGUGUCACUGGAGGCUGGAGAGGCUGUUGGGGGCUUAUGCCUGUGGAGGAGGAGGGUUAGCAGGAGAGCUGUGCCCCCCUCCAGAAAGUGUCUGCACAGAGGACUUUGCCAUGCGCUUCAGGGAGGAGAUGGUGGUGAGGCUGCCAGACAGGACCAAACAGAGACUGGCCAGAGARUGGAGUAACAGCCUGGGACAGUCCUUUGGAGAGGAAGAGGCUGAAAGGACAGCAUCAAAGCAAGCAGGUGGUCUCACUGCUGCUGGGGGAGAGGUUGUGGAUAGAGGCAUGGGUUAUACAGAGCUUCCCCAUCACAUGGACAAGCAAGACCAGGAGAGCCAGGCUCAUCACAGGCAUGGAGAGAGGAGAACUAGCUGGAGUGGAAACCUAGGGGCCAGUGAGAGCCACACAAGAGCACCACAGAGGCUUAGUGGUAUUAGCAGGAGUGAAUGCUGUCUUCACUCUCUAGUGACUCCACCAGGGGGUGAUAUACAGCUGUCAGUAGAGACAUGUCCACAGUCCUUUGGGUUACCCCAGCCUGCCACAGUGUCAGUAUCUGGUCCUCCCAGCACUAGCAGUGUUCAUACAGGGGUUCUCAUUGAGGCCUGUUCCAGUCUGGAGCCUGAGGGAACCAAGGAGAACAGGAACCAUGCUGCUGGAACCACCACCAGACACCUGGCAGGAGUGCCUGUGUGGAAUUUUGACACAGUGACCAUCGACAGUGACCUGGACUCAGUACGCACAGAGAAGGUCUGGCAACACAUCCACAGCAGGCCAGGAUACCUCUCAGCCAUUCAGUCUGUCAGCCGCAUGGAUGGUCUCGGCACUGACCAGAGUGACUAUGACACACCCACUCUGGAGCCAAGGAAUCUCAAGUUUACUCCAGCACUGAGAGCUAGCAAUGGAAAUGUGACCAGUGACAGUCUACCUCUUCGUAAAGCACGCAAAAGCAGAAGAGACACUCACAGGUAUGUGCUCUCUGUGGAUGAUGAUGAUGAGGACACAGAUGAGGGCUGUGUCCGCUGGCGGAGGAGAUGUAGGCCUGACAAGGACACAGGGGGACGUGUGUGUACGCAGAGGCCUGGGGGUCGUCUGGAGGAGGUGAGGUCAGACUGGCUACAGAUGGAGGAGGAGCUGGCUACCCUCAGACAGAACUGUGAGAAGGAGGAGAAGAGACUGAGGAUGAAGAGAGCUCAGCUGUGUGAGACUGAACUGACCCUCACUGACCUUCUUCAGAAAAGAAAACAUGCCAUGCAGGAGUGGGAGCAGCUGCGUGCGGGGGCAGAGCAGAUGGAAAGGGAGGGGAGGAGUCUGGAGGCCAGCCUGAGCGACAGCAAGGCAGAAGCAGACAACACCAGUUCUCAGCUGCGCCGGCUGCAGAGGCAGAGGGACUCCUGUUUGCAGGAGGUCAGGGAUCUGAAGGAGGAGCUGGCUGCUCUAUGUAAACACAGAACUGCCUUAACGGAUGGGACCUGCAUGGACAGGAGAGUGACCAGUGUCAGUAUGUCUGUCCUUGAGAGAGAGGAGUUGGACAGACAGCUGAACAGUGCCAAGACAGAGCUGUUUUCCGAGCAGCGGUGCUCUAGACUCAAACUGGACUCUAUGCAAGAGAAGUUGGACGAAGCUCACGAGGAGCUCCAACGUGUAACAGAGGAGGAGAAGUUACUGAGGGAUAGGUGUGCAUGUCUGGAGGAGAAACACAGACUGAAKCAGGAGGAGGAGAAGGCAGUGGAGGUGCAGGUGUGUGAGCUACAGAAAGAGCUGGGGGAGAGUGAGAGCAGGGUGGAGAGGAUAGUAGCCCAGAAGGAGCUGCAGCUGCUGGGGUUCCAGGAGGAGAGGAGUGCCUUGCAGGCAGACAGAGAUGGGCUCCAGGGGGAGCUCCGUGGCCUGAGGAAGCUGCACAGCAUCUCCCUGAGAGAGACCCAGGAGCAGGCACUCACGCAGACGCAGCGAGAGCUGGAGCAGCUGAAGAAAGAGUUGGCUUUGUCUCAUGAGAAACACAUCCAGCAGGCUCAUAUUCAAGCUGAAGAAGAGAAAACCGUUUCUCUCAGAGAACAGGCCCUGUCUCACACACAGCACACUGAGUCCAUACAGAGCUGCAUCCAGAUGAAGGAGAAGGAGUGGUGGAAGCUGAGGGAGGCUCUUAAGGAGCAGAAGGAGGUGAUGAGGAGGCGAGAGGAGGAGCUGUGUGCGGAAGCUCAGGAGAUGAUGCACGGCACCAUAGAGCGUGAGAGGAAGAAAUGGGCGGUAGAGAAAGAAGRGGCUCUACAGUUGCAGUGUGGGAUACUGGAGGAGCAAGGCCGGGAGGCUCUGGAGAGAAUGAGGGGAGAGACUGAGAGAGAGAAGAGGAAUAACUUGGCUCUUCAAAGCAAAGUGGUAGAACUGAGGACAAAAGUGCAGGAGCUGGAAAGUGAGGGCCUUGUGCAYCAGAGUGAGCAGGCGUCUGCUCUCGCUGCAAUGCGUAGGUCCCUGAGAGAGAAGCACCAGGUUGAGCUACAGAGACUGCGCAGGCACAUGGAACAGGAGGGCGAGAGGGAAUCGUUGAGGCUGGAGCAGGUUGUCCAACAAGCAGAGGAGGAGGCUGGUAGACUGCAGGUGCUGCUGGGGGAGAGGGAGCARAUCCACAAGCAGGCCACAGCCAGGCUGGAGCAGCAGCACAGACACUGGGCCCAGGAGAUGGGGGCAGAGUGUCAGCAUCUUCAGCACCUGCUGGAACACAGUGGGGCCGUAGGGAGCUCCGUUCAGCUCCCACACAGUCCUACGGUGGCCCAGGCAGUCCAAACCCUGCAGGCCCUCAGAGAGCAGUUGCAGCAGUCAAUCAGCCAACUACAGCAGGAGCUUGACUUACAGAGACGCAGCACUCAGCAGCUGAGCCGGGACAAYGAGCGGGAGUUCCGUAUUCAAAGGGAACAGAUGGAGACGGAGAGACAGCAGGCUCUGGACUCACUGAAGGAGACACUCAUUCAGGAGCACAUUGAGGAGCUGAGCGAUCUGCAGCAGGCCCAGGUGCGGGAGGAAGGAGACGAGACAGGAGGUUUGGCUGCGUCCCUGCGCAGGCAGCUGCAGGCCAAAGACCAGGAACUGCGCCGGGUGCAGAGGAGCAUGGGACAGUGGAAGGAGCAGACCACUGCGCGCCUGGCACGCAAGUUUGAGGAGGAGUUGACAGCCGAACUGGAGAGGUGCAAGGCAAAGGUGUUAAAGGGGAGAAAGGCACCUAAGGCACAAGAGGAGAAGCAGAGGAAGCUGGAGAAACUGGAAGGGGAGAUGAGACGCAUUACUGGGGAAUGCACUGACUCUGGAGCUCAGCAAUCAGCCUCCUCUCCCUCCCUCCACAUUGGGGAACCCCCUACCUCACCCGGGUCCUCAGACCUGGCCUCCUUCAAGCUACUGCGUCACCUCCAGAGCCGGGUCAAACAGCUCCGUGCUGAGAACCAGGCCCAUGCCUGCAGCCCCUCUCAAUUGGGCAGGACCCCUCUAGGCAGGGCCCCAAUGGAGCUGGCUGGGUCCUACCUGGAGACGAUCACACCAUCCCAGGAAUGCACUCAGUUUUGGAGUCGUUCCCGUUCCAGGACAGUACAGAGUGAAGGAUUGUGAGCUUUGCCAGAUGACGUGUGUGUGUGUGUGUUUGUAAAAUGAAUUACUGGAGGACAGCAAUCUCAAAUCAUUUCAAGGUACUCCUGAAAAGGAUGACACUACAUGAUAGGGUAAAUGGCCUCAAGGUCAAAAUGGGUUAAGUUGACAUUCUUCUGCCUUUGGAGGAAUUAAGUUUUACUGCUAGGCUAAAGGUUGGGGACUGAGUGAAUGUUUGAUGAACCAACUGACAUGUCUGCAUAGUGCCUAUUCCAGAGCUGUGACUCUUUAGGCAGUGGGAUCAAGCUGAAAUUAGGACCAUUUGAAGAAGAAAGUAAUCUUGUGUCAGUUUCUUUCUAUGUUGCAACAGAGCUAUUGUAAUUAUUAUGCUCAAUGUACACUCACAGGACAGUUUAUUGGGUGCACCCAUCUAGUACCGGGUCAGACCCCCCUUUGCCUCCAGAACAGCCUGGAUUCUUUGAGGCAAGUUGGAAACGUUCCACAGGUAUGUUGGUCCAUGCUGAAGCAAUGGUGUCAUGCAGUUGCUGUAGACUGAACGGCUGUACCAUUGACAACUGGCAGGAUGGGUCCAUGGACUCAUGCUACUUAUGCCAAAUCCUGACUCUGCCAUCAGCAUGACGCAACAGGAACCAGGAUUUGUUGGACCAGGUGAUGCUUUCCACUCCUCAGUUGUCCAGUGUUGGUGAUCGUGUGCCCACUGGAGUGGUUUCUUCUUGUUUUUAGCUGAUAAGAGUGGAACCUGGUGUGGUCGUCUGCUGCAAAAGCCCACCUGUGAAAAUGAUCGACAAGUUGUGCGUUCCGAGAUUCCGUUCUGCACACCACUGUUGUACUGCGCCAUUAUUUGUCUGUUUGUGGCCCGC